UAGGCAUUUCUACACCCCAGGUCAGAGUUUUCUAUUGUUCUUCCAUCACUUUACAUUUUUCAGUAAAAAUGCUUCGACUUACUCUCCAGUGGACCUUUGUCCUUCUGCUGAUCCCAAGCUUUCCGAAUUGGAUAUCCAGCCUCAAGAUCACCCUGCUCCACACCAACGAUAUGCACUCCUGGUACGACCCUAUUUCCAGUAAGGGUGGAAAAUGCAAGGCUGGCGACGAUGAGCGGGGGUUUUGUUUCGGAGGAUUUGCCAGAGUGGCUGCUGUGAUUAAUGACACUAGAAAGGGUGGAACUGAUUCAGUUCUAUACUUAAACGGUGGCGAUUCCUUCCAGGGAACUCCCUGGUUUUCGGUUUACCGAGGGAAAAUGGUGGCCCAAAUGCUGAAUUUCUUAUCUCCCGAUGCUAUGACCCUUGGAGUUCACGAGCUCGACGAUGGAACUGCUGCCUUUGCCGAGUUUUUGGACAUAAUUAAUUUUCCAGUGGUUAGCAGCAAUAUCAAUCUGAAAGGGGAACCCAAACUUGCAGAUCACAGUAAAUUGGUGACCUCUACCGUUAUCACAAAGGGAAAAACAAAGAUCGGCAUUGUGGGUUAUAUAAGGCCGGAUACCAAGGAACGCACUCAGCCCAAUAAUGUGGUGUAUAAACAGGAGGUGCCCGCCAUCAAUAAGGAAACAAGAAAACUGGUGGAUCAGGGAAUCAACAUCAUCAUUGCCUUGGGGCAUUCGGGCUAUGAAAAGGAUAAGGAGAUAGCCAGGCGCUGUCCGGAUGUGGAUCUCGUGGUGGGUGGUCAGUCGCACACGUUUCUGUAUUCCGGAAAAGCUCCGAUUAAGGAAGUUUCGGAGGGUCCCUAUCCCACCAUAGUCGUAAAACCUGAUGGCAGGAAAGUGCCUGUGGUUCAGGCCUAUGCUUAUACGAAAUAUCUGGGAAAUCUGUUGCUAGAAUUUGACAAUGGUGGUAAUCUUUUGAGUUUUAAAGGAAGCCCUAUUUUAUUGGACAGCCGCUUUCAGCCUAGACAGGAUGUUCUAAAUUUUCUUGAUCAGUACCGCCAGGUGAUCGAUGAUAUGGAGCGCCAUGUGGUGGGGACCACCUCUGUCUAUCUAAAUGGCGAUAGAAGAAGCUGCGGUUUUGGCGAGUGUAAUUUUGGCAAUUUUAUAGCGGAUAGCUUUGUUUAUGCCCGAGUGCUGGAAACCAUGCCGGAUAGAAGAUCUUGGACAGAUGCUCCCAUAGGGCUUAUAAAUGCGGGGGCUAUUCGAGCCUCCAUUGAGCCCGGGGAAACGGGGGCCAUUACAGAGGCCGAUGUGAUGACUGCACUUCCCUUCAGCCACGACAUGUUCUACACCAGGAUCAGUGGCAGCCAACUGAUGAAGGCCCUGGAGCACUCCCUUCAGCUGCGCAGCAAGCAUGUGUCCAGUUCCUAUCUCCAGGUUUCGGGACUCCGUAUGAAGUUCAACCACAGCCGGCCGAAGGGCGAAAGGAUCACCGAGAUCAGGGCCCUGUGCUCCGCCUGCCAGAUUCCGCACUACGAAGCCGUCGAGACGGAUAAGUACUACGGCGUGGUACUCACCUCCUUUCUGUUGAACGGCGGCGAGGGCUACAGUUUCAUCGAUCCAAAACGACCGGAAGUGGAAAACCUAACCAUCCUUGACCGCAAUGCUGUCAUCCGGUAUCUGCAGGAGCACAAGGUCAUCUAUCCGGAAAGGGAGGACCGCCAGGCUCCUCAGGAGAAGCACUUAUCCAACUCGAGCUCUAACCUAUUGUUCGAACCCUUCCUACUCUACCUUCUGCACUAUCUAUGUGUUUGUCGCCGUUUUCUCGGUUAACUUUUGAGCCUUCCAAAUGGGAAAUAGGAAAAGAAAACGAUCUGCGUCUCCAUGGAGAAUCAUUAUCAUUAGCAUUCGCUUUCUGUUUUUGCCCAUUGCGCAAUCGCUUAGAACCGAGAUCAGCGAUUAAGACUGUUGUGAUCAGUGACCUUUCCUAUAUAGGUGUCUGGGCUCUAAACAGCUAUACUAUCAAGUCUAGAUUAGCUUUAGUAGAGGUUUUAAUAU